AUGACCCCUCUCCUUCAUCACCUCUCACCAAUCCAUUCACCAACCAGCCAACCCUACUUUUCCUCUCUCCCCCUGUUCCCAGUCCUCGCCGUCAUCCCAUUCCUCACCACCAGAUCGUCGUCGGUCCAUCCCGCGUCCUCCUUCGCGCGCGUCAGUCUUUGCCGCCGUGCUCGUCCCGCCUUGGCCUUCGCUCGUCUCUGUCUGCCUCCGCCGUCGAGCUCCAUGCCACCAGCCAAACCUCCGCUCAUUUGCCCUCACACCCGCCUUGCCGCAGCUCGCCGUUGUCGAGCAGAGACAGAGAGACAGGCGACAGCAAUACAGCAGAAGAAGAAGGCCAGCGGUCGCCCUUCACACUCACCUCGCCGUUGCCGCAGCUCGCCCUUCACACUCACCUCGCCGGUCGUCCUUCAAAAUUGGGAUUUGCAGGAGAAGGCCAGCGGUGAAAGGGAGAUAGAUCUGAAGACUGAAAGGGAGGUGUUCGACGUUUUGCCCGUUACUGAGAACAACACUGCCGUUGUAGAGAAAUCAUUUGUAUCCUGCAAGGAGGUUAGUGAUCAAGAGUCGUGUAAGUUGUUUCCGUUUGUUGCUAUGGCUGUGAAGACUUUGAAUUUGGGGGCGGUGAGGGAAGGCAAGUUUGUUCAGGCAGUGAGGUUCCAUGGUUAUGCCCAUUCAAUUCGUGCGUUUAAAAUGGUUAUAGAGUUGAGGAAUUCUUGUCCUUGGCCUAACGUUCAUACCUACACCAUUCUUCUGAACUUCUACCGUAUCAGUGAUUUGGAGGUAGACCUUGUUCAUGCUCUGAUGGAGGUACUGGACGAAAUGCAGAAAUUUGGGCUUACACCCACAGCUGUAACUCACAGUACGGUUGUACAUGCUCCUUGUAAAGUUGGUUACGUUGAGUGUGCUUUGGAAUACGUACGGGAUUUAAGGAAUAGUAACUGUUCCUACAGUAGUUAUUGUUAUAAUGCUAUUAUCCGUGGAUUUUGCCAACAAGGUGAAGUGGAUGAAGCACUGAAGCUCUUGGAAGAAAUGAGGUCAACCAGGAUAUCAUCAGACAUAUAUAGCUACAGCAUCUUGAUUCAUGGGUUCUGCCAGAAGGGUGAUUUCGAAAAGUGUGACGAUUUGUGGAAAGAAAUGGCAUAUUGGAAUAUCCAUCCGAACAUCGUUAUGCAUAGUUCGCGCGUUUCAGGGGUUGCUGUGGAUAUGUAUUUCUUCCGGAACUCUAUCCUACUAUGUGAAGGCAUUGGUAGAUCCGCAUCUCUCUCCUAAAUUGCAUUGAUGUAUCUAGUUCAUGACUCAUAGCACAGUCGUGGCUGGUAAAAACAGGGGUUGCUACGGGGUGACACUUGACAGUUUCUAUCUGAUGUCAUUUGAAUGUUUGAAAAGCUCACAGUUGACAGUCUGUGGGCCACCAUCACCGUCGUACGGUUCCUCAUCAAUCUAUCCAGUGCUUGUUGCACAAUGUGCUCUGACUCUGCAUCCAAAGCGCUGGUGGCUUCAUCUAGCAGAAGAAUUUCUGGGUUCUUCAGCACUGCCCGAGCAAUUGCUACCCUUUGCUUCUGGCCGCCAGAUAGUUGCACCCCUCGUUCACCUACUUUGGUGGAGUAGCCCUGAGGAAGGGCGCUGAUGAAGCUAUGUGCAUUGGCGAGUUUAGCUGCUUCGAUUACUUCUCCUUCGGUGGCCCCUUCUCUGCCAUACAGUAUGUUUUCAUAGAUAGAUGUUGCAAAGAGAGCUGGCUCUUGCUGGACUAGGCCGAUGUGCCUACGGAGCGAUCUCAAUUGCAGUUUCUUGAUGUCUUUCCCUGUUGAAACGUUUUCAAGAUGAUGUCAAUCCGAGAUUGAAGUCCUUGAAAAUGGCGACUUCUGGCCUUGCUGGAUAGCUGAAACAGACGUUCUUCAACUCAACCUUACCCUCUACAUUCUUCAACUCUUCCCCGGCAUCUCCACUCAUCUGUGAUUUCCGAUCCAAAACCUCGAAGACCGAUGCAGCCAUCUGGUUCCCUUUCAGAAGAUCUGGAGCUAAUGCAAGAGUUUCGCCCAUGGCUAGUGCUGUUACAAUCAGAACCAUGAAUGACUUCAUGACGGACUUAAAGCUAGCGAGCUCCUUCUCCAUAAGAGUAGAACCAUACCUACAAAAGUCAAG